AUGGCAACUGGUCUGAUUCCUACUAUGGCUCAGCAAAGUGAACUGCAGAUUGGGGUUGCAGGACAGGAGGUGAUACUGAACUGCAGGGGCGGUGAUACUGAACCUCACGGCAAAGAAACCUUUUCCCUCCUAAUCAAGCUUACUUUUUCAAAAGGCAAAGGCAAAGCUACCAUGACUGAUCGAUCUGAGAUCAUCCCCAACAGUAAACAUCUGAAGGUGUUUGACUUAAAGAUCUCUGAUGCUGGCACCUACACCUGUGAAUAUGGUUCCUCCACAGUCAGUAUUUCACUGCAUGUCUUUGAAUUGACAAUCUCUUCAGAUGGGCACUUUCUGCCAAAUGAAGUCCCUAAGCUGACUUUAAUGCAAAAUUCAUCCAGUUCUCUACCCAAUCUCAGUAUCACUUUGUUUGACAGUAACAAUAACAAAGUAAUACCAAAACUACAACGAAAGGAGACUCCUCAAAAAUUCAUACUGGAGUUAAAGCAACUGAAGGUUACAGACAGCGGGACCUGGAUGUGUCAUGUCCAUUCGGACUCUCCAUUGAUCAAUCAGAACAUCUCCUUUGAUGUGAAGGUAUUAGGUUUUCAGAAUCCAGAUUCGGAAAGAAAGUAUGCAGCUGUUGACAGCACUGUUGUCUUGUCAUGGGAUCUCAACUUCCAGGAGAUAAAAUGGAAAAAAGGUUUCACAGGACAACUGAGUUGGAAACAACAGGAGAGUGCAACUGCUCAUGAGCUACUUGAUUUCAAUGUCACAGAACAGAGAAAGCAGCAUGAGAUGAAAAAAAGCAGCCGCUUUUGGUUUGAGAUACCUGAAAGCAAACCUAAAAGUACCAUACAAGUGAAACUCCCCAAAGUCCAUUUCAACCACUCGGGACAGUACCAGUGCCAGCUAGAAUACGACAGAGCAUACACACAGAACAAGAUAGAGCUGGUGGCAAUGAAAGUCUCAGCUAACCCUUCUGGGCCACUCCUCAGAGGGGCUAAGAUGACCCUGAUCUGUCAGGUCUCUAGUCCACUCCCAUCCAACACUCACUUGCUCUGGGAACGUGUGAAUGGAACUCAGAUGGACAUCAGGAAGUCAAAGCAGCAUGAAACGAAGGUGGAGGUGGACGUCAGCGCUGCAGGGCUGUGGAGCUGUCACCUCACAGAAGACAAUGACAGGAAGAUCAGCAUUCAUUACCGCGUAGAGGAAGCUCCUGUUUGGAUUAGCUAUGUGGUAAUUGGAGCAAGCAUUGGAGGCAGUGUGUUGGUGUUUGUCCUUGCAUGCCUGUGCAUCAUCGCUGGUAUAAGCUGGCAUCGGAGGAGGCAACGGGCAAAAAGGAUGGCACAAGCAAGACAAUACUUGCUGGAAAACAAGACAUGCCAGUGUCGGCA